UCUUUCAAUCAAUUUUGAUAUCAUUUCUAAUUAGUAGAAAACUUUGAAAAGUAAAUGAUCUUUAGUUAGUUUAAUCGUGCGUCGGUGUUCUUUUUUGAGAAUGUCACUUCACUCAUUAUUUUAAGGCAUCGAAACGAUGGUGUAUUGUGAUAAAGUAAAUCUAAAGUCGAGUUAUUUAAUAACACUUUGAGAACUGAAAAAAAUUACUCAUUUACGAUGGAAGGUUCAUUGAGUAAGUGGACGAAUGUUAUGAAAGGAUGGCAAUAUCGCUGGUUUGUUUUGGACGACAAUGCUGGAUUACUGUCAUACUAUACGUCGAGAGAAAAAAUGAUCCGCGGAGUGCGGAGAGGCUGCGUUAGAUUGAAAGGUGCCAUAAUUGGUAUCGAUGAUGAAGAUAAUACCACAUUUACGGUUACCGUCGAUGGUAAAACGUUUCAUUUUCAAGCCAGAAAUUUCGAUGAAAGGGAAAGGUGGGUGAGGUGUUUGGAGGAUACAAUCGUUCGCCAUGCAUACGGAUGUCUUAGUUCUACUUCUUCCAUGCAGUUUGACAGCUCAAAAACGUUACCCACGCUGCAUAAUUUUGAUAAAAAAGUAGCCGAAGCGGAUGCUUAUCUACAGUUAUUGAUUAAUCAAGUAAAGGAUUUAGAAAUAAAAAUAGUUCAAAUGGAAAGCGAUGAAAGAGAUACGUGCGAACGAAUCAUCCGUGAUACUAAUGCCAUGUUAGAACAAGUGAAACACACCAUAGUAUUAUUACAAAUAGCCAAGAAUUCGGCGUUUCCUGUAAACGGUACAUAUCAGCCGCCGGUUCAAAUUUCCAAUGUGUUCGUCGACGAAUGCCGUAGAAAUUCAAAAGAAGAUAUAGAAGUAGGAACCGAAAUCAAUGAAAAAGAUAUGUUACCGGCGUAUCGUAAAUUACCAGCUAAUUCCGGCUAUAGAGCAGAUAUACCCGAAGUUUCGUAUUCAACGUCGGAGGAUGAAGACUUUUACGAUGCACGCGAAGACGACUGUUUAGCUGAUAAUGACAGAAAUAAUUCAGGGUCCGAAGAAUCCUCACCUACUUAUCGCAGGCAUAUGAUUGCCGAUUGCUCUCCAACGCUGACACCUAAAAGAAGCCCUUCCGUAUCGACAAACGAUGACACGGCAGCUUCUGGAAAUGAAGAUGGGUCCAGAAGAGAGAGUGUCAUUACCAGAGAAAAUAUUAAUAAUUCGUCCGAAGUACCGUUGUUACCCGAUGGAUCCAUCGAUUUUGAUGCACUAUACGAAGAUCCGUCGGAAAAUGAACUUUUGGUCGAAUUACAAGGAUCAGUAGUGAAGCAUUUAAUAUCGCAAGUUAAAAUUGGCAUGGACUUGACCAAAGUGGUUCUUCCAACUUUUGUACUCGAAAGACGCUCUUUACUGGAAAUGUACGCAGAUUGUUUAGCACAUUCCGAUGAAUUUUUAAAGGCUGCUGAUUUAGAAACACCCCGUGAUCGUAUGGUGCAAAUUGUCAAAUGGUAUUUGUCUUCGUUUCACGCCGGAAGAAAAAGUUCGGUGGCUAAGAAACCGUAUAAUCCGAUCUUGGGAGAAAUAUUCCAGUGUUGGUGGAAUUUGGAAACGGUACCAGAUAACAAUAACGACACCGUUAAUAACGAUGGUCCGGUACCUUGGUGUAAAAAUAAUCAACUCGUCUUCAUCGCCGAACAAGUUUCACAUCAUCCUCCUAUUUCAGCAUUUUACGCCGAACAUCCAAAUAAGAAAGUUUCCCUUUGUGCUCAUGUUUGGACUAAAUCAAAAUUCCUAGGAUUAUCAAUCGGCGUCCAUAACAUUGGUAAUUGUACCGUCAAGUUACUAGAAAAGCAGGAAGAAUACGUUUUCACAUUUCCUAAUGGUUACGUUAGAUCAAUUUUAACAGUUCCUUGGAUCGAGUUAGGAGGCGCAACUAGUAUCAAAUGUCCGCAAACCGGUUAUUAUUGUAAUAUAGAAUUUCUAACGAAGCCAUUCUACGGUGGUAAAAAACAUCGGAUAUCCGCCGAAGUAUUCGGUCCAAAAGAUAAGAAACCAUUUCUAACCGUAGCCGGAGAAUGGAACGGAUUAAUGGAAGCGAAAUGGUCCGAAGGGCAUAGCGAACCUUUUGUGGAUACGAAGAAAAUGCCCAUUAUAAAAAAACAAGUCAGAAAGAUCGAAGAACAAGAAGAUAACGAAUCGAGGAAAAUGUGGAAAUUGGUCACUUUGGGAUUAAAAUACAAUGACGUUGAUCAAGCUACCAACGCUAAAAUUCGAAUUGAGCAGAAACAAAGGGACGAAGCACAAAAUAGAAAAGAAAAGAAUGAAAGUUGGGAACCUAAAUAUUUCUACGAAGAAGACGGUGCGUGGUAUUACAGAAAUCCGUUAGAAAAAAGAAUCAAUGUUCAGUUAACCAGACCUCAAUCUUCCAUUUCUUAGUUUCUAAGUUGAUGUUGUAGUUAGUCGUUUGAAUUUAAUUUUAAAGUAUGUAGUUCACUUAUAAUUUUUGUACUUUACCCCUCUUUUUUUUCACAUUAUGUAUCAUCUACGUAAAGUCGAGCAUUCCAUGGUUUAGGGAAAAAAUGUAUGAGAGGGCAAGCGUAAUUUCGAGUUUGUAAUUUUGUACUAAAGAUAAAAUUACGCGCUCUCAUAAAGCGAUACCCUUAUGGUUACCAUUUUUAUCUCCAUAAGUUUAACACUCCUUUAAAAAAAAAUAUAUAAAAUAAUGUGUCUACAAACACGUUUUAAAUUUCAUUAAUUUUGUAUUUGUAUAAAAAUUGAAUUUAAUCGCUUUUUAAAUGAAUUGAAAUCUAAAUCAAAUACUUAUAGUUUGUAUUUGUUUUAUUUAUUAUUAUUUUUUUAAAUAUGAUUGUUGUUUACGUAUUUUAAGAAAAUGGCGUUUAAGGAGAAUGAUUUUGAAAUGUAAAGCUGAACCGUGACAAUGAUUUUCUAAGGAGUCGAAGUAUCGCGAAAUAUAUCCAUGGUUUUAGCAUUUUUUUUUCUUAUUGUUUUUGUUUUAUUUUUGUUUUAUUAUAGUUUUUUUUUUUACAACGUGAAUGUGAGAUUUAUACGGUUAUAUAUAUUUUUAUACAAGUUUGUCCGCGGUGUUUCUAAAGACUGAUAAUAUUUCAAUCAGAGUAGAGGUAACGAUUUGUAGAAGUAUAUUACGUCACGUUUUGAGGUCGCGUUGAAAUUUGUUUUAAACUAUUAAUGUUUAAUAGCUUAAUCGUUACUUUGCCUAAAACAUACUUUUAAAAAGAACUGAUUAAUAUCGCCUAAGUUUUGAUACGUUUUCGUGUUUAACUGUACACAAAUUUUGGGCUUCAUUGGUUCUCUGAUAAAGUAGACAUUGUAUCGCGCAUUUAAAAUUUGAACUUAUAUUCAAUUGUUUAACUUUUUUUUUUCUGUAUGGAUGUAAUUUUUACACAGUGAUUUUUAUAUAAUGUACACAUAAUAUUGUAUGUACGUAGUUAUUUCAUAACAUUGUUGUUGUUACUUAAUAAUCUAAUUUCAUUUUAGCGUUAAUAAAUGUUACAGUAUUGUUGAA